AUGUUUUUCGCGUACGACCUCGCGAUCUACACGGCCGUGCGGCGCCGUGAGGCGGAGAAUGCGCUCAAGCAGGCGCGCAUCCUCUACGCGGCCGGGCGAGACACCGAGGCGAUGCGUCUAGUGCAGCGCAGCCUAAGCUUCCAUGCGACUCGCGAGGCGGAGCGCUUCAAGGGGCAGCUGAGAGGGCACACGAAUUCGUCUGGUGCAAAGGCGAUUAGAGCUGUCCUGCGGCUUGGCGUCAACGAGCCUCACAGCACGCUCGGGAUCCCGCGCGGGGCUGACGUGGCUGCAGUGCAGCGAGCGUACUUGGCGUUGGCGAGGCAGCUGCAUCCGGAUCGUAACCAAUCUCCGGGCGCCGAGGAGGCCUUCAAGCGCCUCACCAACGCAAAGGAGCGCGCAAUCUGCUGCCCUGCCGAUGUUCUCACCGACGAAGCGCGCCGCGCGGAGGUUGGCGCGGAGCUUGGCGCGUCUGCCGAGGCGACGCCUCCUCGGUGGCAGGACCCAGCGCCUCGCGUAAGCGGCGAAUGGGCAGCCGACGGGGAGGACUCCGCGGGGAGUGCAUCCGAGGAUGGUGAAAUGGGCGCCAGCCCGCCUCCGCCGCAGGAGCCGCCAUCGCCGCUGAGCGGCCCUCCCCACGGAACAGUGCGAGGCGGGGGCAGGUUUGCCGGAGCAACUGGCCGCGGGGCGAGCCGAUCAGCAAGUGACAAUCCCAAGACGAGGGCGGUGAUUCGUAAGGGCGGCCGGGGUCGAGGGCAGGCAGCCCCCACGCAGCCAGACUGACGAGAUGGAGCAUUUGUCUCUCUGCCCCGUGCGAUGUCUGAUUGUGUCUUAGCCUUGUUGAGUUGUUUUGCUGCGUGAUGCUGUGCGUGCACCACACACGAUCACGAACACAGUGUCUUGUGUAAAUGAGAGAGAGGGUGAGAGAGGCCAAGAGCACACCUUGGUCAUUCCUCAUUCCCGUCAGCUCACAUUGCGUGGCGGCAAGACAAUGCAAAAACUCCCAUCUUUAUCUAAAAUGCUGAUUGCUGUAA